ACAGAGUCGCCAAAUGAAGGACACCGCGUCGGCGGGAAGCACGGUGGUGGACUUGGCGACGGCGCGAGAGAACUACCUGGCUGAGCAGGAAAAGGAUUAUCCCAACGUGUCCGUCAAGUUCCGGUAUGCACAAGCCCUCACCCGUGACGAGAAAGCGGAGAACAAAUCGCGAGGCGUCGGCCUGUUGAUCGACAUGCUCGAUGAGCACGGCAUCAACAAGAUCGAGUGCCUUUUCACCCUCUCAACGACGUACUUUGAGCUCGGCGAUCACGCCAAAUGCCGACAGCACUGCGAACGGCUGCUACGUAUCGACCCCAAGCACGAGAAAGCGUUGAACCUCCACAGAUGUGUCAAGGACACUCUAUCAAAGGACAGCGCGAUCGGGAUCGGGUUGGCUGCCGGGGCGGUGGUAGCGCUUGGCAUUGCGCUCAAGUUCUUACUCAAAAACAAGAAUUGAUGAAUGCUCUGUCGCGUCGGUCAUCCGCAAACAAGACGACACAAAUGAUCCCGAUCGUUC